AUGGCCUUCACAACCAACAAAGCGAUCGCCUCAUUCGGCGGCAAGCUGUUCAAGCUCUCCCACCAAUCCACCACAACCGGCACGCCCAUGGCCGUGAACCUCUACCUCCCGCCCGCCGCCCUCUCCUCAACCAACCCGUGCAAAGUGCCCCUCCUAAUCUACCUCUCCGGCCUAACCUGCACGCCCGAGAACUGCUCCGAAAAGGGCUUCUUCCAGCACCGCGCCUCCCAACUGGGCCUCGCCAUCCUCUACCCGGACACCUCCCCGCGCCACCCAAUCCCGCUGCCAGGGGAGACCGACGCAUGGGACUUUGGCGCGGGCGCGGGCUUCUACGUCGACGCGACCCAACCGCCCUGGAAUGACGAGGGCGGCUACCGCAUGGAGAGCUACAUCACGCGCGAGCUCCCGCAGGCGCUCUUCUCCGACGCCGAGUACGGCCGAUACCUCCAGGGCGCCGAAAGGGUCUCCAUCACGGGCCACAGCAUGGGCGGGCACGGCGCGCUGACGCUGUACCUCAAGAACCCGGGCAUGUACCAGAGCGUGAGCGCGUUCGCGCCCAUCGCGAACCCGUCCCGGUGUCCGUGGGGCGAGAAGGCGUUUUCGGGUUAUUUUGGGACGGAGGAUAGGGAAGGUUGGAAGCGGCACGACGCGACUGAGUUGGUGAGGGGGUGGAAGGGUGGAGAUCUCAAGGCGCUUGUGGAUGUUGGGACGGGGGAUGAUUUCUAUAAACAGGGGCAGCUACUUCCGGAGAACUUGGAGGAGGCGGCUAGGGAGGCUGGGGUGAAGGGGUUGACGGUGCGGUAUCAAGAGGGCUACGAUCACUCGUAUUACUUCAUGGCUUCCUUCGCCGAUGAGCACGUCGAGCACGCCGCGAAGCACCUGGGGCUGCUUUAG